UGCCUCGGUGUUGCUCGUUGUUGCUCGUUGUUGGCACCGAGAAUUGCGCGCCUGCUCAAUCGAUCGACCAGUCUUGAGUCCAUCGUCCUGCGCCUAGCUGCGGCGGCGGCGGUGCACAGCACAACAGAUGUGCAAAAGCGGUUGCUGAGCUGAGAGAGACGGCUCAAGCUGCCCAAAUUGUUCUCCUCGGCUUGCUCCCCUAUAGCGCAUGGCACAGCAGUGAAUGCGCGAAUGGUGAAUCUUGCGUUUGCCAAAAUCUCAUUUAAGUGUGCCAGGUGCGAUGUGCAACCUGCCCUUCACCUCUCGUGUCUCUCUCUCUCCGCCUCUCCAAGCCGCAGAUCUCGUCGCACCUCUCUUUGCCCGUCGGCCCUCUUCCGUCACACCCUCCACCGCCUUGGCAUUUCGUCUUGACUCCCGCUCUGCUCCAACAGGCCCAUCACACGUCGAUCAUCACACCUCGACCUCACCUUCUUUGCCUCGAUCAAACAACAAAGGCCAGCACCAGUCGAUUCGAUCUGCGCUACUCAACAUUUCAGCGUUUAUCAUCCUGCUCCUAGCCAACCACCUCGCUGUGCA